GGGUGUGAGCUACAAGACCAGGGGGGUGUGAGUUACAGGACCAGGGGGUGUGAGUUACAGGACCAGGGGGUGUGAGUUACAGGACCAGGGGGUGUGAGUUACAGGACCAGGGGGUGUGAGUUACAGGACCAGGGGGGUGUGAGUUACAGGAUCAGGGGGUGUGAGUUACAGGACCAGGGGGGUUUGAGUUACAGGACCAGGGGGUGUGAGUUACAGGACCAGGGGGGUUUGAGUUACAGGACCAGGGGGUGUGAGUUACAGGACCAGGGGGGGUCCAGAUGUUGCCUUUCGGGAGCGCUCCUUCACCUGGACAGUAGACCCCUGUAGGGGGGAGAGGUGCUCCUUCACCUGGACAGUAGACCCCUGUAGGGGGGAGAGGAGCUCCUUCACCUGGACAGUAGACCCCUGUAGGGGGGAGAGGUACUCCUUCACCUGGACAGUAGACCCCUGUAGGGGGGAGAGGUGCUCCUUCACCUGGACAGUAGACCCCUGUAGGGGGGAGAGGUACUCCUUCACCUGGACAGUAGACACCCUGUAGGGGGGCGAGGUGCUCCUUCACCUGGACAGUAGACCCCUGUAGGGGGGGCGAGGAUUACCCUGGAUCGCAUCACCAUGGGGAACAACGUCCACAAGAACAAGAAGAGGGUCCCUGCAGCACGGAACGGACCCUCUUCACGACCCAAAGGUUCUAAACCUGGUCCUAACCCCAGCACCAACCCGGGGAAGACCAAAGCUUUCUGGCACUUUGGUUGGGUGGAUAAACUGAAAACAGCUGGUCCUAAGGGUCAGGAUGAGCAGAAGAGGUUGACAGUUCACUACACAGCCUCCUCCUCACACUACCAGGAGAAUGUGUUCAUCGAGGGCAGUCGCCCUCAGUACCUAGAGGACCUGCACACUGAGGCACGGGAGGGGUUAAAGAUACUAAAACAACAGGAGUAUAAUAAAGGAGUGGACUUUCAGGAUGACCAGAGUGGCGUCCCAGAACAGGAUGUCAGCUCCAAUCACUGGGAUGGAUUUCAGGAAUCCGGAAGCACCGCCGGGAAUUCUGUUACCGCGGCGACCUCUGCUGUAUCGUCAGCCAUGUCCACGAGACCCGUGAUCACGCGCCAAGGCUCCACGUUCAAGCCCCUGAACCCAGUGAAAAGACUAGAGAAGGGGAAGAGCAGGAGCAGGAGGACUACUAUCAUGGGAAUACCCCAGCAGGUCCAGAGAGAACUGGCCCUGCACGGUGGGUCUACGUACCAAGUUCCUUCCAAGCUCCCGAAUGGCUCUGGAGGACAAGGCCAACCAGGUGUUGUCAUCAUCCCCACCAUCGAUGGAGAGACCCCUCUAGCCAACCACGAUGGAGCUAAGGCAUCCAGAGAAGAGCAGCUGCUGAGACAUCACCUCCAGUCUGUAUACAGGGACGACCAGGGCUUCAACCACCACAGGGGACUGAACUCUCAUCUCUCCCCCACCCAGAGGCCCAAAUCUCUGGCCGUGCCGGGCAUGACCUCCUCUUGCUCGGUUGGAUUCCCCAACUUCCUCCAGGAGCCACUUGGUCCGGUGAUGUCCAUCUCUCCCCAGGCCACCUACCUGUCUAAGAUUAUCCCCAACGCCUAUCUGCCGGCCUCCGUCGACGUCAUACAGAUUGACCUCAGAACCAACCAUACCAAUGGAAACAACGGCAAAGGAACGGUCCGCGCCGUCAGCAAGAGCAGCCCGGCAUCUGUGUCGUCAGCAAGCCCCGCGUCGUCGAGAAGGUCGGGUGGCGAUGGUUGCUAUGACGGCGGCGAAGCCCUUUCCCAUGGUGACAGUAGUUCCCGUGACAAUGGCUCUACGGCAACCACGCGCUCAGUGACUUCGGGAUCCGGCUGGAGCCACUCGCAGUCUUCCGAGAUGAUCAAGUCCAACUCCUCCGCCAUCUCUUCCACGAAGGGGAGCUUCGGACCUGCUAACCCACAGACAGUGAGCCUCGUUGGGCAGGAGAGACUACUGCAGCAGCCUGGUGCUGGGGACCAGGACCUGGUGAGCCUACAAAGCUCAGCUAGCUGGGUCAGCAGCACCAGUAGGGUUACUGGUACUGUAACUGCUCAGGGGGGAUCUGAGUCGGGUCUAUCUGGGUCUGUCAGUGCUGGGGAGAUGAGCGAUGUUGGAGGAGACUCUCACAGAUUCUCUCGCAGUCUGUCGAUCAUGAAGACCAAGCUGCCUCCAGCUCCCCCCAGGAGAACCAACUCCCUGCACCAUGAGAAGAUGAUAAAGAGGCGACUGGUGGAGAUUAAAGACCUCAGUGACUCUGUGGGUGGGGAGGUGGAGGCUGCUGAAGACACAAGCUUGGUUACUAUUGAGAUGUCUAAAGAGCUCUACAAAGAAAUCACAAAGAGCUCUAUCCCUGUAUCCAACACAUCUGGGUUUAACUCUUUAAAUGGUACAAGAUCUUCCACAGUCUCUAAUCCUCUGAGUCCCACACAGGCCUCCCCUGGUGGUAGUGGAAACCCAGAAAGGCCAGGGUCCAGCAGCUCUUCCCCACAGAAAGCUCCCUCAGAGGGAGGUACAUAUGAAAAGACCAUGUCCCCCUCCAGUGGGUACUCGACUCAGAGUGGUACUCCGACGCUCUCCCCCAAGGGGAUCUGCCCUUCCUCCUCCCCAGGUAAACACAAGAAGAUGCCGGUCAAACCGGAACGUUCUGGUUCAAGAGCUUCCUCCUCGGCAGCCUCUGCCUCGUCUUCCCUUACCUCCCUGUCUUCAGCCACCUUAGAGUACGUCAAUCAAGAGGCUUCAAAAAACAUUCCUAGCACACCCCAGCGGGCCUCCCCACCGCCAUCUGUAAUGACAACAGAAAAGACAUCAACGGUGACCCCGGUGACCCUGACUCGUUGCUCUGCAUCCAUGGCGAUCAGAGAGCUGCUUAACAUUCCGCCACCCCCCAACAUCAAAGCCCCUUCCCCGCCACCCCCGGAAACCUGGGCCCACAACAGACACACCUUUAAACUGCUGUGUGGGCCUUGCCCCAACGUCAACAGGCUAGCACAGCUCCAGAAGCAACAGGAACUGAAAGAUGAAGCUACCAUCAUUAAGCAAAAGCAAGAACCUCAAACUGAAGCUAGCAAAGAGUCUCAAAGCUCAGAUGAAAAGCAGGCUACCGUAGAGGAAGUCACUUUGAUCAAAUCAGAAAGCAAUUACACUGUUUCGAAAGAAGAAACUGAGCCUACGCUAGAGCAUGUGUCUGAGGUAUCCGAGUGUGUUAGUCAGGGAGUCGAGACCACAGAAAGUCGAACGAAAGAAAAAGGAAGUCCAGCGAUGAUCGCAGAGAGGGUAGAAGCAAGUGUAGAGGUCAAGAACCGGAACCAAAAUCAGGAGCAGAGUAGUAGUAGUAGUAGUGUUGCACAGGUCAAGGAUCAAGAAGAGAGUCUAGAGACACAAGUUAGUUUAGCGACGAUUCCAAAGAAGGAACCCCCUCCUGUCAUGAAGAAAAGUACUCGUAGAAAAGAACCUUUAGUUCAAGUAUCAACAGACAUUCAACAAAAGCUGCCAUUUGAUGAGGUCACAGUAGAGGAGAAGGUAGAAUCUCCCAGCGAGAGUGAGAAGUGUUCCUUACAGGGGGAGGUAGAGGUGGUAGCUAAGGAAGUUGAGGUUGAGGUAGUUGCUAAGGAAGUUGAGGUAGUUGCUAAGGAAGUUGAAUUAGUAACUAAGGAGGUCGAAGGUCAGAGUGCUACUGAAAACACCACAGAGGAAAGUCCCACUAAACCAGAGGCAUCUACACAGACCCUUGCCAUGGAGCCUCCCAAAGUGGACAGGGUCUCUCCUCCAGCCUCCCCUCCCCCUGCCCACCACCCUCCUCCACCCCCUUCUAAGACACCUCCCUCCUUAGUGUCCACUCCCCCACCCGAGGUAGAGGUGGAGUGUGAGGAAGAGAUUCCCAUAGUAGAGUCCUGCUGGCCUCCUCCACCCCCACCAGAGGAGCCAGCAGAUUCAGUCUUUGAUGAGCCAGAUGAGAUGGACUUUCCACCUCCUCCCCCUCCCUUCAUGACGGAGAGCUUGCCAGAUGUAGUGGAGAGCUGUAACACAGUCACAGAUGUCCAGGAGGCGUCCAUUGUGGCUCUGGAUGUGGAGGAGGUUAAGGAAACUGUGAAUGGAGCAACUGUGGCAACUGUGAAUGGGGAAACUGCAGAUCUGUCACCCAUUCCGGCUCAAAUGGAGAUGAAGGAGGAUAGACCUGAAAAGGUGAUUCUGAACUAUAAUGCAGUUCCAAAUGAUGAAACCAGCUCUGAGGUAUCUGAAUCAGCUGAGCUCAAAGCAAUUCACGCACAUAAGUCAACUGUUGUUUCUCCAGUUCAGCCCAAUAAGAAAGAGGCAGAGGUCAAGCAAUCUGCCCAGCAGUCAAUCACAAUGCAGGAAGCCAUAACUCAACCAACAGAAACUUCUCCUCAGUCACAUGAAGUCCUGGCUCUAUUAGAGGAUGUCCCUCCCCCACCCCAGGAGGCUCCUCCCCCACCACCAAUGAAAACAGCCUUGGUGCCCCCCUCAAGUAUCUCUCCUCCAUCUCUUAUCAGCGUCCCCCUCCCUUCCCCUGUACAAUUUGAAGAUCCGAUGCACUCUGAGCCUGCUGUGAGUGCCCCCAUUCCACCCCCCGUCAAUGUCCCAGCCCUUCUCCCAUUUGAGAACCAACCAACUGUCAGGAGACAGCUCAGCUUGGUGAACAGAGAGACCGGGAGCACAGAGCUUCUGUCUAGGCACAACAGUGCCCCCAUUCCCAAAGACGACGCCAACAUUCCACUGGUCACACCCUCUCUGCUUCAAACGGUACGUCUCAGAUCUGUCAACGUCAGUGAAGACCAGAUGAAAACGGCUUCCGACAACAACAAUAAUAAUUACAACAAGGGGAAUCCACCCGCUCACGAUCAGAGUCCAAUCCUAACCCAAAACCCUGGAUCCCAGAACACAACACCUCAAAAACCGAUCCGGAAAUCGCCAUCUAUAAAAGCCACACCUCUGUCAUUGAAGUCAUCAUCACCGUCGAUCAUCGCCCCCUCGAUGCGCUUGCAGGAAGCUAUCCGCAUGAAGACAGCGGCCAUGUCUACCAGAGAUGGUCUACCAACACGCUUUAGAAUGCCAUCCUCCACCUCAUUCCCCAGUAUCAGCGGUGGUGAAUAUGAGAUGUUAUCCCCAAUGUCACCAGAAGGGGGCGACAUGCUAAAGUCCCCCGCAUCCACUGCUAGCUUCAUCUUCUCCAGGAGCUCAAAGAAGGUCGUUAUAGAAACGCCUGUCGCAUCUUCCUCCCACGAGAUGCAGGCGAGCCUUCAACAGAACCUAGCCGCCGUGCUCACGAAGGUUUCCGACCAAUCGGUGGCUUCCACAGUCGCUAACGGCAACGCUGGAAGAACUGGGAUUCCGAGGAGAGUUCCACCACCCGUGGCUAAGAAACCAGUUCUUCCAGUGUUGCAGUUAGCGACCUUGGAGAAGACUGUUUUUUCUAUAGUGAUGGGUGGUUCUCAGAGUGAGAGGAACACUCCAUCACCAAGAGGAACAGAGGCUAACGAGGAGACAGAGACAGUGCUACCUGCGGGCCAGAAAGCACUGACAGAGGACCACGAUACAGCAAGUAAAAUGGAGACGUCUAACAUUGUAGAAGCACCGAUGCCCUUGUGAGAAAGACUGCUUUGUGUGGACUGAACUUUUGUGGAUUGGGACUAAGACGGAGGAACAAAGCAAGGACUGCAAGACCCAGAGAGAGAGAGAGAGAGAGAGAGAGAGAGAGAGAGAGAGAGCGAGAAAGAGAGCUAUGGAGCGAGAGAGAGAGAUAAUCAAAAGUGUUCACUUAAUAAGUCAACUCAGAGUUAAAAUAUGUGAAGGCUUCUCCAAAAGCCUAAAAUGGCCUUCAUAUUUAUGCAAACAAUGGGGUUGGUCCCCAUUUCUUUGAUAAUAAAGCUUCCUUUUGGAGUAUUUUUCUAAACCAUGGAGCUCUAGGCAUCUAUUCAGUCUGUAAAGUUAAAGCGUUACAGAUUAUGCCAAAUCAAUUUAAAGGUAAUUUCCGAUUGAGCCGACAUGUGCAGCGUUUACCGUGAAUGCAGUCUCCCCUAAUUAGGAACAUUGCCUUUUAAAUUUCAAUUACGAUGCAGAUUGAAUAGAGUUUAGUCUGCUUUGACAAACUGCAAACAGUGCCCCCCUCAGGACGAAUGGUGUACUGCGGCUGGAUUUUUGUAAAUACAGUACAAGAAGCUAUGCUUGUAGUAGACCACCAUCUAGAGGUUAGGAAAGGUAGCAGUCACUGCAGAUGAGAAAGAAAAACCUAGAGGACAAAUAAUAUAUGAAGAAAAAAAUACUAGAGGGAAGAAAAAAACAUAAAAUAUUAUUGGGACUUUCUAAGGUGUUUGAAGCUUGUGUUCUAGUUAAAAAAAUACAAAAUGUUUCUCUAGUAAUUUUUUCUUCAUUAACAUACCCCUUUUUUUUGAGUCAAGCAAUCACUGAAUUGUCUUAUUUCCAAAAGGAAUGGCAGAUUAUGAAAUUUCCAGAAUGUAUCUUUUGAUCUUAUCUUUUGAUCAAUCAAUCAAUGAAUCAACCAAUCCAAUGUGUUAUUUUAGCUUUUCGAUCAGCAUAAAUAAAAUGUUUUUAAAUUAAACUGCAAAAUAUCUUGUGAAUGUGUAGGCUUAGGUAAAGUAGAGCAUCAGAGAGAGAGAGAAAAAAAGGGAUGCUGCAUAUUUAAAAGACCAUUUAUAUGUUAGACCUACAGUCAAAAUUUCAAAAGCACUUUUAUAAACUAAUGAAGCGGUUUAAAGGUGCAGAAAACGUUAAAUCCCAAUGGAACUGACAAUCCCACGAAAUUAAAACUGCUUUCAAAUUCUAACAUUCCAAAUGGCAACCUAUUCCCUGCAUAGUGCACUACUUUGGACCAGAGAAUAUGGUUCCGUUUGGGAGGAAUCCCCAGGAAGAGAGGACACCAUAUCUGUUCCUUAUAGUUACACUAUAGACACCGUUCCCAUGCAUUCAAAGACUAUAUGUAUGGGUUUUCUGACUGUUUCUAUGUAUUUAUGUUUGUUUUUUUAAAUGUGUCUUUAAGUUGCUUUAAACAAAUGUUCUUUAUUAAUACUGUAUCAGCAUCAUUAACAUCGACACGUUCACAACCAAAUAUUCAACCUUGGUUUGAGUUCACCUGUUUCGUUAAAAUGGUUUGUUUGUAUGAACGGUCUAUUUUCAAAUUCGAUUUUACAGAUUCAGUUUUAUUCAAUCAAAUCCACAAGCCUGCACUAAAUAUGACUCCUGAUAGUACUACAGAUACAAGGUACCCUAUUCCCUACAUAGUGCACUACUUUGGACCAGAGCCCCUAUCAGAAGGACCUGGUCAAAUGUAGCAGUAUAUAUAGGUAACAGGGGACCAUAUGGGACUGAGUACUACUAGAGAUAAAUGGCCAACAGUAACACUAAAGAGAGAGGGUUGUGUGUCUAUCUACUCUGAAGUGUUCAGCGUUACAGCGUGAUUUAAAUGUGAAGGUAACGUUACCGGCGAUUACGUUCACAGUAAACGGUGCGUCUAUCGGCUCAAUCGGAAAUUACCUUUUUACAUUUUUUAAUCACGUAAUCUGUUACGCUUCGGCUUUAGACACUAAAUAGAGCCUUUAGUUCACAAGUGUUCAUUUCUUCUUUAAGAAAAAAAAAACCAAGUAUUUUAAACAUUUACUGUAUAUUCCUACUUUCACAUUGUUUGAAGUAGCCUAAGGAUUUGUCCCGAAUGGAACCCUAAUCCCUAUAUAGUGCUAUACUUUUGACCAGGGCUCAUAGGGCGCAAUUUGGGAGACACCCUCAGUCUUUCCACAGUGACAAGACAUCUUGGUAAUCAUCGGCACAACAAAAACACACCCUUGUCCAGCAAAUGGUUUUAACACAGAACUAAUUAUUCUCUUUUGACACUCUGCACAUGACAUGUCUUAUUGUCAUGGAAACAGCUAACAUUUUUGUUGAUUCAAAUAAAUAAGAAAAAAAUAAAAGUUAAUUUACUUUGUUAUGAAAAGAUUAUAAAAUUGUAUUCCAAAUCA